GUGUGACGCCCCCUGGAUCUUUUCGCCGUACUGCUAUCUCGAUAUGAAGAAGACGUGGACGAUGGCCAACUCGAUCAAGCGCCAAGCAAGGUGCGACGCCAGUAUGACGACCAACGGCGCCGUGUACUUGGAGACAGUGCUUCGCAACAUUGAUUUCGGUAUCUUCUACAGCUGCUGGGGCAAUGGCUUUGACAUUGGCAUUGGCGCCGAGCUCCAAUUGUCGUCGGAAGGUCGCAACUGGCUGGCAAUGGUCUCUGGUGCGACUCCGCAGCUGAGUACGCAUGACGAAGCUGUCUACUGGCGAUCGUUUGGUCUCACUUCGUUUGAGACGCAGUGGCAAAACUACAAGCAGCUUGGUGUGCGCAACAGCUACUCGAUCAUUAAUGCGUUUGGCAUUGCGUAUCCGCUGACGCUGACAUCACUAGCGAGUGCGUACCGCCUGGAAUCCCAGACAUCGUUCAAGAUGUACUGGUCGCUGGCCAACGAUCUCUCGGCCGUGGCUAUGAACACAUCUGGUAUUGGUGGUCUCAGUCUUCUACGGUCCAGUGCCACCUACGCUUUUGCCAACACCUCGCUCUUCAAUGUAUACGCGAUCAAUGGGACGCUGCCGUCCCCGCUGUCGCAAGGGUUGCACCUGAUUGGCUCGUACCUCGGGCCCUUUGGCUCGAUCGACAUGGUCUAUGUACCGCCGCCAGCCGACCUGCAAGUGCUCAUGGCGUCGUUAGUGGAGCUCACUCGGGCACCACUGUCUGGGAAUCCUAGCGCCCAAGCUGCCUACCGUGCGAUCACACCGCUCGACCUCUCGCGUCCGAGUCCCUCCACGUGGCUCAAGUCCGACUGGGUGACGUUUGGCGGGUCUCCGUUCUGCAAGGAGCUUUCGCACGGCCAGCUGUUGAGCGCCGGCAUGCUCGCCAUUUUCUCGUACGACGCGAUUUGCUUGCUUUCAUCCGGCGUGAACGCCAAGGUCUUGCCGACGCGGCAGCAGUAUAUCGUCGGUGCGAUUCUCUCGGGGCUUGAGCCCACCGACAACUUUGCCUCGGUCUGCGCCAACGAUCCCGUCUUUGCGCUUCAGUGCGCAACGUACCUGCCCGCUACACUCUCGUUUAUCACGACGUUUAUGGAUCUGCCGAGCGAUAUGCCAGCGCAAGUGCGCAAGAUGCAACAGCAUAUUCAGGCACUGCACAUUGCGUUCAUGAUGCUGGCCACGAAGAACACGUCGGCGCCGCUCCAACUCGUGACACUCGAUCUUUUGGCCAAAGACGAAGCGACGUUUAGCUUUUUUGCGUGGCUCUUCUUCUACGACUGGGUCGUUGGCAUCCGCGAUGUCAUUUCGUUUCAAGGCGACGUCGGGAAUUUGACGCUCAUCACGGACAUUCAGUCGCCGCUCUCGCAGCCGACGCAGGCAUGGGAGGUGCCAAGCAACAUUGCCCAGUAUUUACACUCUGGCGUCUUGUACGUCACGGGCGUCAUGAUCGCUGUUGCGUCACUCGCGUGUCUCUAUAUGCUUGUGAGUCGAGGUCACUUUGAGGGCUGGAACAUGCUCGAACUCGGCCGUGUCGGGGGUGUUGUCUGGGUCGGCCGGCCGUUCUUGCUUCUCCGGAGUAUGACAGCCUUGGUGGUCCUCUCGACGGCGACCUUGCAGCUGCAGUACUCGGGCUAUGUAAGUUACUUGGCUACUGUGCAAGAUCCGUGGUACAAGACGCUACUGGCGGCGAACGAAGUCACCUGGCUGAUUACGAUCGUCAACGACAUUCUCUUGGUGGCCACCGGGGACUAUGCGGCCUACUACGCAAUGCUGAACGGCUUGUUGGUGUGGACGGCGGCUGCUCUCCUGACGAUGUUGGCGCCCGUGACGGCCAUCGCGUCGAUCGAUCUCCAAUGCCACGUGCUCGACGUCGACUACGCAGCGAGCUGCACCUCGGGCUCGGUCCAGAUUGGCCAUCUGGACCGUAUGGCGCUUUUGAUUGGCUUGGUCGUCGGCUCCCAUGCGAUCUGCUACGUUGUUGUCUCGUGUUGUGUGCAGUUCCGGCCGUCCACCGCCGCCUCGUCACUCUUUCUCACGUCGGGCGCUACGUUUUUGUUUACGCAAUCCCCGUGGAUGUACAAGAAUGUCUAUUAUGUGGACCGCGCGUCGGCAGCCCUUAAUGGACUGCUCACGCUGCGCUGGGGCCAAAAGUUGGUCGUCCUCGACAUCAAGAUUUGGCGCGCAUUUGUCGUGUCGACUGAAACCAUGCUGCGCGACACUCCGCCGCCGCUGCAGGCCGCACUACCACUCGUCGUUCAGUAGUGCAUUUUAAUUCUAUGGACAAGAUGUCCUUGGUCUUUUCACAUUAUAUCUCUAAAUACUGUCAAUAUGUAUAAAUAGUUUUAGCCAAUCAAA